AUGAGCGCCGGUCUGGGCAAGGGCGUCGGGGUCCCGGUGAAGCUCUUACACGAGAGCGAGGGACACGUGGUGACGGUCGAGCUGAAGACUGGUGAGACGUAUCGCGGGCAGCUCGUGGAGAGCGAGGAUAAUUGGAACUGUCAGAUGACGGAUGUCACGCACACCGGGCGAGACGGCAAGGAGAGUAGGAUGGAGCACGUGUACAUUCGAGGGUCAAAGGUGAGGAUGAUGAUAAUUCCGGACAUGUUGAAGCACGCGCCGAUGUUUAAGAGGUUCGAUCCGAAGUUUGAUCCGAAGGGCGGCGCGGGACGAGGGAAGAAGUAG